GUAGUUCUCAGUCUAGGGAUGCAAUCUGCGCCUGCGCAUUAAUUGUGAAGCGACCAGGCCGACCUAUACGACUGCGUGGGCGUGGCUAGGGUCCUCUAGCGCGCACGCGCGAGCCCCAUCCGCUGUGGUCGUCGGGUGGUCGUAGUGUCCUGCGUUCGUCAUGUCGGCGUCGGUGGUGUCCGUCAUCUCGCGGUUCCUGGAUGAGUACUUGAGCACCACUCCGCAGCGGCUGAAGUUGCUGGACGCCUAUCUCCUUUAUAUACUGCUGACCGGGGCGCUGCAGUUCGGCUACUGUCUCCUCGUGGGCACCUUCCCCUUCAACUCUUUCCUCUCCGGCUUCAUCUCUUGUGUGGGCAGCUUCAUCCUAGCGGUUUGCUUGAGAAUACAGAUCAACCCACAGAACAAGGCGGAUUUCCAAGGCAUUUCUCCAGAGCGGGCCUUUGCUGACUUCCUCUUUGCCAGCACUAUCCUGCACCUUGUCGUCAUGAACUUCGUUGGCUGAACUGCUCCCGGGUCCUUAGUUGUGGAGCUGGAGUCGGCAGAACGUAAGUGAUGAUCAGAGCCUU